AGUUCUCUAAGCAGACUGACUGACUACAGACUGACACUCGCAGACCCUCCUCAUCUUCUUCAACAUGCUGAGGAAGGGUUCAGAGUUGCUCCUGGCCACAGGAGGUGACAGGGAGGUGCUGCUCGAUCUGGAUUACGUGACGGGCAAUCGGGGCGAACCCCAAACCACAGACAGCUAUGGGAGUCUGCAGAACGGGGGUUUCAUCCCACCAAGAUAUCUUUCAGCUGCAGCGGCUUCUUCUGAAGAUGAUGAGGAUGACCCCAUCUAUAUACACUGUGAUAAACCGAGUAGCCGACCGGAACAACCACUAGGGGGGAACUACUUUAGAGAUGGAAGAACCAAAAUAGACUUUGUUCUAGUAUGGGAGGUGAAACCGAGAAAGCAUCGCUCCAGAUGUAGGGGCCAAUCUGAGACCAGUGGUCCGGAGGAGGUCAGAGCCAGGGCAGAGGAGGGGAGCAGCAGGUCUGAGCGGAGAAAGGCUCAGCUGGCUCGAUGGAGGGACAAAUUCACCCAAAACCUGCAGAAUGCCGGCAUACUGCUGGAAAAGGAGGAGACAGCGAGUGAGAAAAAAACCAUCCAUUAUCUGAAACUGAGCGCCCCUUGGGAUGUGUUGGUGUAUUACGCAGAGGAGCUCAUUCUAAGAGCACCCCUACAGGCCCAACCAAACCCAAACUUCAACACCUCUGACCGGAUCCUUCGGAAACUAUACAUUCCCAACGUCAUGGCGGAGUCCUUGCCAAACAGGCCACUGGACUACUACACUUGUGCCUUUCGCAAGUCAAAGAUGGAGAAGUUCCUCGGCUGUGAGAACCAUGACACCUACUUUACUAACACACAGAGACACCGUAUAGUGUAUGAGCUUCUGGCGAGGACGGUGUAUGGCAAGAGGAAGAGAGCGGAGGUGGGCGUGGCUCGACUGCUCAACGAGGGGGCAUACACUUCAGCGUUUCCCUUGCAUGAGGGCCCCUUUGAGCUGCCAGAGUUUGAGGUGCGUCCAAAUGAGCUGAACCAGAGGCAGGUCUUGUUCCAGUAUUGGGCCCGCUGGUCUAAAUGGUACAAGUACCAGCCACUUGACCACAUCAGAGAAUACUUUGGAGAGAAAAUAGCCCUUUACUUUGCCUGGCUGGGGUUCUACACAGCCUGGCUGCUCCCAGCGGCGGUGGUGGGGGUCUUUGUCUUUGUGUCAGGAGUCAUGUCCAUGGGGACCAACACUCCUGCCAAGGAGAUCUGUAAUAGUGGGGGCAGCUACCUGAUGUGUCCUCUCUGUAAGACCUGCAAGCCCUGGAACAUGUCUGAUAUCUGCCCCAUGGCUAAGGUGGGCUACCUGUUUGACCACCCCGGGACAGUCUUCUUCAGUGUGUUCAUGUCCUUUUGGGCUGUCACCUUCCUGGAGUACUGGAAACGCAAGAUGGCCACCCUGGCUCACCACUGGGACUGCAUGGACUUCCAGGAGGAAGAGGAGCGUCCGCGGCCUGAGUUUGCAGCCAUGGCUCCUUCUAUAGAGUACAACCCAGUAACGGGAGUGAAAGAGCCCUACUUCCCAGAGAAGGCACGGCUGUCCCGCAUGCUCACUGGCUCUAUGGUCAUCAUCAUCAUGCUGUGUGUGGUUAUGAUUUUCCUGGUGUCAGUGAUUAUGUACCGUGGGAUAGUGAGUGUGAUGAUGUACCGCACAGGCAGUUUUGUGCUGCGCACUCAGGCAGGGAACAUUGCUAAUAUCUCCAGCAGUAUGGUGAAUCUGGCCCUGAUUCUGCUGAUGGGGCAGGUCUAUACUGCGUUGGCACUGCAGCUCACUAAAUGGGAGAUGCACAGAACACAGACCCAGUACGAAGAUGCAUUUACCUUCAAGGUGUUUGUAUUCCAGUUUGUCAACUUCUACUCCUCUCCCUUCUAUGUGGCAUUCUUCAAGGGAAGGUUUGUGGGUUAUCCUGGACACUAUGGUACCUUGCUUGGCAUGAGAAAUGAAGAUUGUGGUCCAGGGGGUUGUCUCAUUGAACUGGCUGAGCAGCUCUUCAUCAUCAUGGUGGGGAAACAGCUCAUCAGCAAUGUUCAGGAGUUUGUCAUCCCUAAGGUGAAGGCAUGGCAACAGAAGAGGGCGCUGAAUAAGGUGCGGGGAACGCAGAAAUCCCAGGAGCCUCGGCGGUGGGAGGAGGACUAUCAGCUGGUGGAGUGCGAGGGCCUGUUUGAGGAGUACCUCGAGAUCGUGCUCCAGUUUGGCUUCAUCACAAUAUUUGUGGCUGCGUUCCCCCUGGCACCGCUCUUCGCCCUACUCAACAACUGGGCCGAGGUGCGCCUGGACGCCCACAAGUUUGUGUGUGAGUACCGGCGGCCUGUGGCCGAGCGUGCACAGAACAUCGGUGUGUGGUUUAACAUCCUGGAGGCCCUGUCACACCUGUCCGUCAUCGUCAACGCUUUCUUGAUCGCCUUCACGUCGGAUUUCUUACCACGACUGCUCUACCAGUACAAGUUUGACAACGAUCUGAAUGGAUAUGUUAAUUUCACUCUGGCCUAUGCUCCUCCCAGCUACACCAGCCAUCCCAUGUGCAGAUAUAAAGCCUUUAGGGACAACAAUGGAAAUUACACUCUGAUUUACUGGGAACUCCUGGCUGUGAGGUUAGGCUUCAUCAUCGCUUUUGAGCAUGUGGUGUUCUUUGUCCUGCGAGCGAUAGACUGGAUGGUGCCGGACGUCCCUGAGUCUCUGGGGCUGAAGGUGAAGAGGGAGCGCUACCUGGCCAAGCAGGCCCUGGCAGACAACCAGGAGGCCCUGUUGGUGAGUCAUCGAGGUUCGGCCUCCAGCCAAGGUUAGUGGAACACAGCGAUGCUCACACACCCUCACCACACACACACUGCUUUGCUGCACGGAAUCAUUGUGCUGGUCAGGUUGUUAUUGCAAAAGAGAAUGUGUUGUAAUUUGUCAUUACUUACCUGGGUAAAUAAAUGCACAAAACACAGACAGACACAGACAGGCACACUCAUACAGGCAGACACAGACAGGCACACUCACACACACCCACUGCAAGCUACCAUCGGCCCCACCUCCUCCACUUUCAUGCUGUAUUAUCGACCUACCAAAGAAGCAAUGCAAAGUCAUCUGCUUGUGAUGACUCUUUGAUAUGUCCUGGAUACCUUAAAAGGCUUCCUUGGCUUGUCUCCUUUCCAUCAUGACUGGUGGUAAAUGUACACUUAAUGGGUUUCCACCACCUUGCCAUUUUAACCUGUCCAAGGCCUUUCAAAUCAAUGGUCAUCAGGAGAGCUGAUCGUGGACUACAGGAAAAGGCGGGCCGAACAGGCCCCCAUUAACAUCGACGGGGUUGUAG